AUGUCUGUUCCAUUGACUUUAAGCACACCUAUUUUAUAUAUUGUUUCAAACUUAGGUUCAAAGUGCUAUUCGAAUGUCGACAGAAACUACUAUGACCAAAAGAUACUUAUGCGUAUAAACAACACUUUCUCUGCUGGUUUGCCUAUUGUUCAUUCGAAUGCAGAGUUUUCAGCUUUAGUAAACUCAAACACUUUAGCAAACAUAAACUUAACCUUAGUUGACGCAAACUUUGUUCCUGUAAAACUUUUAUGUCCUAUGUAUUUGUCAAUGACGGCAGAAAGUUUCGAAUUGGAAGAUGCAACUGGUGAAAGUAUUGUAUUACAAGAACAACUUCAACAACAAAUAGCUCAAGAACAACAAAUGCAACAAAUAGCUCAAGAACAACAAAUGCAACAAAUAGCUCAAGAAUAA